AUGUCACCCUAUAGAAGACUUUUCCCGCCCCACCUCGCUAAUUGGCUUUCUGCCUGGAGCCACAUCCUCAGAGCAUUCAGCUAUUUCUCCUGCGGUUCCCCAGCCUGGAGCACGGUGUCUGCACAUGGGUUCUGGGAUGCUGACCCUCAGUCUGAGCUCCUGUGCCCCUGUAGGGGCCGCCCCCUCUUGACCUGUAACCCGUGACCAGGCCAGAGAGUACUCUGCAGCCACAGCUCUGAGGACACAAGCAGAAUGGUUUCUUGACGGCAUGUCAAGGAUUCCCAAUAAGCGUCAGGGAGUCUUCAGGCUACACUUCAGGUUAUAACUUCUUUCCCUUUCCCGCUUCACUCUCGUUCUCAUUCUCUUUCUCAUCCCACAGCCCAUCAGAGGAGAUAG